GGGAUAUUGUAUCCCAGAGAAACCCCUACGAGAGAGAAGAAGGAGCUCAGUGGCAUUUGGAGUUUCCGAGCUGAUAAAUCUCCGCAAAGGGACAAAGGUUUCCAGGAGCAAUGGUACAAGAGACCCCUCAGCGAGGCCUUCUUAGACACUCCUCAUCCCUAUGCAGCAGUGUCUUAAUAGGGAGUCUGGUGGACCCAUGGGUAGAUUAAUGCAAAGGCUUCCCUAAGCUAUUGUGCCAGAUGCCCGUCAAACCUGACCCAGAGCAGAAAGCUCAGAAUCUGCAUGCAUCCAGACCCAGCAGUAGCCUAGAAGGGGCUUGUGGAUGUAGCCUAGGAGCCUCACAUCUCAUUAAUCCACCACUGGAUGGACCCUCUGUCUAAGGGGAAUAGGAGAUAGACUGCGUGACAUAUCAUACUACUGACCAACACUUAUGCUGCACCCCAAGACUGGUCCAGUAAUAGACAUGCCAGUACCUGCCAGCUAUAAUGAUAUCACUCAGGACAUCAGUCUGAGGGACUUCGUAGGCUGGGUCUGGUAUGAGAAGGAAAUCUGGCUCCCAAGCCGGUGGGUAGAAAAACCAGCAACUACGCGGGUCAUGCUUCGAGUUGGCAGUGCUCACUAUUUCUCAGUCAUUUGGGUUAAUGGAAUUCAGGUCAUGGAACAUGAAGGAGGUCACCUGCCCUUUGAGACAGAAAUCAGUAACAUUAUGAAGGACAGUGCCGGGUCUCUCUGCAGAAUAACUAUUGCUGUAAAUAACACCCUCACUCUGCAUACAUUACCCCCCGGCACCAUCCAGUUCAUGGAAGACAGCACUCGGUACCCAAAAGGAUAUUUUGUACAGAAUAUAGAAUUUGAUUUUUUUAACUAUGCUGGCAUUCAUCGGCCAGUAGUUCUCUACACAACGCCUAGUAUCUAUAUUGGUGACAUCACAGUUAUUACAGAUACUGAUGGCAAUACAGGGAUAAUUAACUAUGUUGUGUCAGUCGUGGGUUCUGAAUCCUACUCAGUGUCUGUGACGUUAAGGGAUCGCCAAGGGCAGAUGGUAGCCCAUAGUGUAGAGGCUAAUGGGCAUCUAGUAGUGGCAGAUGCAAAACUUUGGUGGCCUUAUCUAAUGCAUGAAGAGCCUGGAUACUUGUACUCAUUAGAGGUUAUGAUAUUGGCCAAGAAUGUGAAUGGGUCGGUGGAAGACAUUUACGUUUUGCCUGUGGGAAUAAGAACUGUGCACAUCUCUGGAGACCAAUUCCUCAUCAAUGGAAAACCAUUCUACUUCCAUGGUGUCAACAAACAUGAGGACUAUGAUGUCAGAGGUAAAGGACUAGACUGGUCACUAGUCAUAAAGGAUUUUAAUCUGUUGAAGUGGCUUGGUGCUAACUCCUUCCGAACCAGCCAUUAUCCAUAUGCAGAAGAAAUCAUGGACCUUUGUGAUAAAUAUGGCAUUGUGGUGAUUGAUGAAUGCCCUGGAGUUGGAAUUAAAUACCCUGAAAGUUUUGGAAACCAAUCUUUAAACCACCAUUUAAUAGUCAUGGAGGAGUUGGUGCGCAGGGAUAAGAACCGGCCUUCCGUUGUCAUGUGGUCUGUUGCCAACGAACCAGCAUCUCAGCUCCCUGUGGCUGGGUAUUAUUUUAAAACCGUGAUUGGAUACACUAAGCAACUUGAUCCCACCAGACCGGUGACAUAUGUUUCUAAUGCUAACUAUGAAUAUGACCAAGGUGCACCUUAUGUGGAUGUGAUCUGUGUAAAUAGUUACUUUUCCUGGUAUCAUGAUGCUGGGCACUUGGAAGUUAUCCAACUCCAACUCAAUAAUCAAUUUGACAAGUGGUAUGAGAAGUAUCAAAAGCCUAUGAUACAGAGUGAAUAUGGAGCAGAUACAAUUCCUGGGUUUCACAGUGACCCCCCAUUGAUGUUCACUGAAGAAUACCAAAGAAUUGUGUUAGAGAACUAUCAUGCAGUGUUUGAUCAAAAGAAAUUUGUAAUUGGAGAACUAAUAUGGAACUUUGCUGAUUUUAUGACAGCACAAUCUGUUACAAGAGUUGUGGGAAACAAAAAGGGAAUCUUCACACGACAACGACAGCCCAAGAGUUCAGCCUAUAUUCUGCGGGACAGAUAUCUCAAGUUGGCUAACGCCACAGGCUUGUUCAAGUAGUCAUGAACUUUAUUUCUUUAAGGGACUGGUGUCUCCAUUACAGAAGAGAAAUGAAUGUAGAGGGGAAGCUCUGUUUUGCUGCUUAUUGCAUUGCUGCCUAUGGCUGAGCAGAAUAGAAAGAAGUCUUAUGGAUAAAACAGGUAUUAUUGUUCAAAUCCAGUCUUUGGAUAUACUGUAUCUGUGCCUUCAACAUUACACAUAAAGGGAUAAAAUAACUGAAUACAAAGCACACAGAUUUGUCUAUAACAUUCAGAUGGAGGAAAGGGGGUUUCCGUGGUUUGCCAAAAGCCAUAUUAUUACUACAUACAGGAAAAAAAACGAACAAACUCACAAACACAUACUGAUCUCAUUAAUGGUAGCAGUCGUAUGAGAACUGUUGGUGGCUUUUAUAGGUCAAGCAAUUCAAUGUAUAGAUACAUCUCUGUAUCAAAAUGCUCAGGUUCAAGUUUUUUGUUGUGUUUCUUAAUCAAGUUUAUACAUUCAGAAUGUUCUUCUUUAGUCUGAUUUUUACAAGUAUGAUUUCUUUUCUUUGAUAAACUCCUUUUUAUAUUCUGUCCUCUGAAAUUGGGGAGUAUGCAAGAGUCUAUUUACCUCGGUUUUAUGACUGAUUGUUGUCCUUUACCAAAAAUGCACUGAAUAACUUACCUUAUUUCUAUACAAUAAAGAUGAAUCUCUUUA